GGACUGUCAGAGUCUAUUCAAUUUUCGACGCACAACUUGAAAGCUUCAGAAAUUUUAAGUUAUCUCAUGCUGCUGGACCCUUAAAAGCAGGGCCCCCUUCGCACUUGCCAUCUCUUUCUCUGAGAUGUUUCACAUACACAUACUGUUUCUGAGCGUUGGUGAAUUCAUCAAUUCUCCAUCACCCUCCCUCGAUUUUUAUUCCAUCUAUCCGUGGCUGGCUUAGCCCUUGCCGGGAAGUAUGAGUACCAACCGUAUUCGAGAUUGCCCCUAUCCAUCGCGCCGCGGCUCGUGGGUUCGCUUUGAGAGCUGUGACGACGGGGAGAUCUGGGAAGCACGGCGCCUGGUUAUCACACGUGGAUCCGAAGUCCUGUAUGACUCGGAGAAUCACCAGCACUCCCUUGCCCGGUUCGUUACCAGCGGUCCUGACGCGCUGAACAUAAUCGCUUAUGGCGAGCUACGUCGCGUGAGCAUCGCUGGGAAUGAAAGAAGCCAAGCCUUUAUCCGGGAUCAGAGAAAUGACAACGGAUCCCCGGACAGCUCGGACUUUGAGAGAGAAACCCUGCGAGACCCCAUCCCAAGGGAUCAGUUUCUACGGGACUACUCAAUCUAUCGGUCGCGCGUUCCACUUACGGAGGCGCGCCUCGCGGAGCACGACAACCGUCUCCGCAUGUCGUCCGUGCCUCAUCGUCGUGUGGACGUGCCAGCGAGUCCACCAUCACCACCAGCAUCCCUGGAACCGACCGCAUCACCGGAACCGUCAGCAUCCCCAGCACCAGACAGCCCCCGAGACGGCGACGGCGACUACGACAACGACUAUCCAGACUCUGUCACAAUCGCCGCAACGAGUGACAGCACGUGCUGCGACAUGUGCAGCACCUCCUCUAUCGAAAGGAGGCGGGCGAGGCAGAGGGAGCUACGCAUUGCGCAACAGGAAAGGCGCGCCCUACGUGCCGCAAGGACAAUAGCACGUAUAAUGGAGUGGCGUGUUCGUCUUCCAUAGAAGGGAAGUUGCCAUUCCACGUCCGAAGAAGACGACCGCCCGUCCAAGAGGCGGCGUUUAGUGUGAUCUUGACUGGGCGCCCUGGUGUCUUGAUAAUACGGCUGUCGAGCCAAGCGACGGACACUAUACCCCAGAGAAAAUGAUUUGCUUGAUACCCGAGCACAGCGAACGCCGGAGGGCGUGUGUAAUGUACGUGGACAAACUGACCUCAUCCAGCGCAAUGAG